AACGUGGUGGGCGGGGCUCGAAUUCAACGUGAUGACGCAUGUGAGUCGGGAGCGGGACGUCGCCUUCCCUCUCGUGCCAAUGCAGGAAAAGAACUCCACAUGUGUGCUGCUUGUGGAGGCCUUUUAUGGCGGCUCUCACAAACAGCUCAUUGACCUUUUGAAAGAGAAUGUCGUCGGCUGCGUCGCCCACACUCUGCCCGCAAAGAAAUGGCACUGGCGGGCCAGAACCGCUGCCCUCCAUUUCAUGCAGGCCAUCCCACCCAGUUCCUCAUACAGGGUGCUGUUCACCAGCUCUGUCCUCAAUCUGUGUGAGCUGGUGGCUCUGCGGCCGGACCUGGCACCCCUCAAGAAGGUUCUCUACUUCCACGAGAACCAGCUGGUCUAUCCCGUGCGCAAAGACCAAGAGAGGGACUUCCAGUAUGGCUACAACCAGAUCCUCUCCUGCCUGGUGGCAGAUGCGGUGGUGUUCAACUCCCUCUUCAACAUGAACUCCUUCCUCUCGUCCGUCGGGGCCUUCUUGAAGCGGAUGCCCGACCACCGGCCAAAGGACUUGGCGUCGCUCCUCCGGCCCAAGUGCUCGGUGCUCCACUUCCCCCUUCGGUUCCCCAGUGUCGCCAGUCUUCUCCCAGAACACAAGCUCCUCCGCGGGCCUGCGGCGGCGGCGGCGUCCCCCGAUGAUGACAUCACCGUCCCUCCGGGCCAGAUGCCUGAGCCCCGCUUAGAGGAUCCUGAGGCGCCAAGAUCUGAGGAGCUGGGCUCGCAGAGCAACAACGAGGCUCGGGGAACCCCUCCAGAGACCAGAAAGCCGGCUGUCCCGUCCGGGCCCGGGCACAGCUCCUCGCUGGGACAGGGUGAGGCACCGGGGCACUGUGGCACCUCCAUCCAGGACGUCCCGGCGGGGGAAGGGGAGCAGACCGCAUCGAUGGGAGGAUGUGGACCCGGUGACCAGACCAAACCGUUGCAUAUUGUCUGGCCCCACAGGUGGGAGCACGACAAAGACCCCGAGCUCUUCUUCAAGACCUUGCUGAAGCUCAAAGAGAGAAACCUGGCCUUUCAACUCUCCGUCCUGGGGGAGACCUUCACUGAUGUGCCAGAGAUCUUUGCUGAGGCCCGGGGCCAGCUGGGGCCCCAUGUGCUGCACUGGGGCUUCCUGCCCAGGAAAGAGGACUACCUGGCCGCCCUGUGCCAGGCCGACGUGGUGGUCUCCACCGCCAAGCACGAGUUCUUCGGCGUGGCCAUGUUAGAAGCAGUCCACUGUGGAUGCUAUCCACUAUGUCCUAACGCGUUGGUGUAUCCAGAAAUAUUUCCAGCCGAGUAUCUGUACUCCACACCUGAGCAGCUGUGCAAGAAGCUACAGAGACUGUGCAAGAGACCAGACCUGGCCCGCCGUCACCACGUCCAGGUGGACACCACAGCCUACUCCUGGGACGUGCUACAGCAAGGUUUUGCCGACCUACUUGCGGCACCGGCGGACCCCCAACCCUGACCAAGGCUGGAGAGGGAAGAGGUGGGCUCGGGUGGGUUUGGGGGAGAUGUGCAGUUUUCUAAAGAAGCAGAAGACGAAUAAGAACAAGAAAGAGCCGGCAGGUUUCUCUCAUUUUUUCUUUUCUUUUCCUUUUCCUCCUUUAUUUUUUUUCUACCCGGGACUCCAUUAGUGGCGAGGGCGAGCUGGAUUUAGAGGCUUGGCGAUGGGACGCGCAGUCUGCGAGGGCACUUUGUGGCGCUGGGGUUCCACGGCGUCAUGGCCUGACACGCAGCCACGGGCCGCGGCCGGCCCCCGCCGCCGCAAACCUGUGGCGGAGCCGUCGCAGACACACUGUCUCAGGCACCUCUCCCUGCUCCAAAUCAAAGCCAGCCCCCCUCACACACACUCGGCGGCGGCUGGAGACAUUGUGUCGGGACCUGUAGACGCACCCCACCACCGCCCUACCCUCCCCAUCUUCACGUGCUCUCUUUUGGGGAGAGUCUCUUUUAUGUCUGUGUGGUUUUUGGGGGAGGAGGGUUGAGGGAGGGCGAGUGGGGGACAGAGGACGUGUAAAAAGCUUUCAUGUCUUCCAUAGGCUGUGCCACUUCAUAUAUCCGGUUGUGUUCGUUUUUCACCCUUUGUACUGGUGGAAGACGUCAGGCUGGGGUCCGUGUGUGUGGUGUGUGUUUUGUGUGUGGUGUGUGUGUGUGUGUGUGUGUGUGUGUGUGUGUGUUUGGAGAGACUGUAAGCGUCGGCAUUGUGUGUGUAUAUGUUGAGAGU